UAUUUUGCGCUCUUAUAAUUUAUAUUAGCGAUGGGAUCAAGUAGAUUUGAAUUUGUUUGCAACUUGAUUUCGAACUCUUUAUCAAUAUGAUUACCUAAAGAAAGCAGUAUUUUCAAGUAAAUAAAUUUGUAAAUACAUGUUAAACUUGAUCCCAUCACUAAUUUUGCGUUUAUUACUAAUUACAACAGGAUAAAAUUUUAUUAAUGCCAAAAAGUCUGGCUAAUGGCAGUUAAUUAUUUGUUUAACAAAUGGAAACAAUUCAACGGAAUCAUCAAACUCUCAUUCUUGUUGUAACAACUCAACAAUCAACAAUAAACAAACUAAGCAACAACUUUUUCUGAGAAUCGUGAGCUUUUUAACUUCCAAGGAGCCAACUCGGCAGGAUGUACGAGGUUCCUUCCGAUCAGAAGCGGCGAGUCCUUCGUUUCUGCGGAUUCCUGUACGACUGCUGGUACACGGACAUGAGCCGCCAGUGCUCGGGAUAAUCGGCGUCCCGGCAGCCGUUCACCACGCUGAACGGCGGCGUCAGGGUGUCGAUGCAGAAGGCGCGUCUGGCGAACGGGGUCCUCGGCCGCGGCACUGUCGUCCUCGCCGGCGGCAAACCGUUCCUGCGCGCUCCGUCUUCGCCCGUCGCGGCUCGGCACCUCUGCUCCAAACCCAGGGCGAAACCCACCGCGGACCUGAUCAGCCUCGGAUCCUCUUGGCUCCUUUUUCUUCGUUCGGCUUCCGCUUCCGACUCACCUCGGCACGCGGCGCACUUCCGCUCGGUGAUGCGCGGCACAGAACUCGACCUCGCCAACUUCCCACUUCGGGAAAGUUUGUCACGGCCUUCUGCAACCAAGUGCAUUGUUAUUAUAUUAAUUUACCAUUACAGGUGCAAUCAUAGCAGCAACAGUUCUGAUGCAGAUUCUUCUGCUGCGCCUCCUGAUGUUUCGUGCAGUUGCCGCAUUGCUCGCUCUUUUGUCCUUCGCCGCGCACCAGGAGCUCGCGGUUCUUCGGUGCCGGUGUGUGCUGGAUCAAGGCGAAGAUCGCCGGGGCUAGCCCGCCCUCGGAGCCGUCAAUGUGCGUAGGUCUACGUGGCUCGUACACCGGGUCCAUCGGCGUUUCCCAACAAAUCGCUAGGUCCAUCCGGGUCUUCGGCUUCUUACAACCGAGCGCGGGCACGAACGGAUAAUCUUUCGCCUCCAACAUUGCGACGUCGACGUUAUCUCGAACCUGACACUCGGCGUCUCGCUCGCAAUCGGCCGAACAAGGACGACAUCCUUUCCUAAAGAUGGAAUCGUCCACCCGAUCCGGGAGCGGCUGGUGCUGCAGGUUCUCCGCGUGCAAUCUCUUCGCCAAUGCGAAUUUGUCGGCGCAAGAAGCGAUUUCUUGAAUAAAAAAAGAUCUUUCUGGGACAUCCAGGCGCGUGUUUCUUCGAAUUGGAAGGCGACUUUGACUUCCCCGAGAUGCUUUCGGAUCGACAGGUCCUGCGAAGAUCGUCGUUGCUUCGCCGAACAAUCGAUUUUCGAGCGCGACAACAAGAGCAAUGCUCGCGCGAUUCCAUAUUCCCGCUGAUCGAUUCCUAUCUCUAUACCGUUUUGCUCGUUACACUUGAGGAAGAUUACAUAACGAUGAAUGCACGAUUUAACGAGCGGUCGACGACAGGGACGGAGGCGUAGUUUUUCCAGCGAGAAAAACUCGAUGAAAACCAUUGCUGCCGUUUGUUCUCCAUUUUUGAAAAAUUGAUAUGGACCCGAGAACCAUCAUCAGGACUAUAGGAAUUCCGGGAAAGAGCGUCGCUCCCACUCCCGACGUCGGUCGCCCUGGAGAUAGGACAUGAUAAUUCGAUAAAACCAGCUGGCUUACAUUACAUCCCAGAGAGGAAAGUCGCGCGAUGACUUUCAGGGAUGUGGCUGCGAUUUACUGCCUCAACAAUCCAAGAUUUCCUUUUUUCCGCUAAUAACAGUUUAUUCUGGGUCACCUGAACGGAUUCGCGUGCAUCACAUCGGAAGAAUAGAUACGAGGGUUGUAUUAUAAAUGCAAAACACUACGCAUAUCAUCAUCACGCUACAGAAGGCAAAUGAAUAAGAAGAAAAAGAGGAAUUGGAACAUUCUUGCUGCGCUGAUUGAAAUCAUCAGGAAGAAGAUGAAACCAGUUCGAAACCGUAGCAAAGAUUUUAAGUUGGAAUAUAAUAUUUUCUGAUUAUGCAUCAGAGAAUUUAAAAAAUCACAAAUCGACAGGGUUGGUCGCGGAAAGAGAUCCUGAGGACAGAUACACGCCUUAUUAAGGAAAAAGGAAUAAUCGCCUCGUGAAUCUUAACAAGUCAUCGGGCCCAGCGGUUUCUUAAUUGCGUUAAUUUCAACGAUCAUCAUCAUGCGUUCGUCGACAACCCGGGGAAAACACGCGGCCCUCUGCGUAGCGACCGAUCGUGAUGCGAGGAUGAAUGAAUCAGUCGACAAGUCCAGUAGACCGGAGGACGUCAUGCGUGCCGGACAAUCCGCAUUGUGAAACGGUCCAGAGAGGUCACAGAAAGAGGUGCAGUGCUCUUUGGAAAUACCUGGUGACUUAAUUUCAAGUGUUGGUACUUUUUUAGUAUAAAGACAUGGACGGGGAAGCGAAAAUAAGCGACCAGCUCUCGUAUCUGAACGAGGUUCACGACAACGUGUCGCAUCCGCUGACCUCCAGUAACUCGGAGACGGUUCUACCGAUGUUCGCUCGUGCCGGUUUCGUCGAGGAAGCUGACAAUAAUCCGGUCAACAAUAGUUCGCGAAGACUGUCCAGGACGGAGCUCGAGGAGAAGCCGGACUUCAACUUCAGAGUCGAGCCGGAGGUGCGCACGCCCGACGUGAAUGUCUACCAGCACAAGAAGACUCUCGCCCAGGGUAUGAUGGACCUGGCCCUGCUGUCGGCCAACGCGAACCAGAUGCGCUACGUUCUCCAGACGGACGGCCGGCACCCGUACUUCUAUCCGUCGCUCACCAUGAUCAGCCUGAGUCUCUUCCUGCAGAUCGCCGUGGGCGUCGGACUGAUCUGGAACAGCGUCUACAACGUCAAGGAGCACGAGCAGAUGUGCAAGGCUAACAAGGCCAACAACUGGACGGUCAUCGGGAUCUUCUUCGUCACGAUACUAAACGUCUUCAUCUCCUCUUUCGGCGUCGUCGACCAGGCAUCCAUCGUGACGUAGGAGGAGCCUAGGGUCUGUCUAUUUUCCAUUAUUUUCCUCUUUUAUUGCUCUCUUUGUCAACCAUUUGAUUGCCAUAUACGUAAAAUGCGUACAGCUUACCCAAAAGUAGCAAAUUGACGUCAUUAAACGUCAAAAUGACAUAUGCUUGCUGCCUGGAUGAUGUGAUUGAAUUAUUUCUCUUAAUUUUUAAAAUAAAAAAAACUAUAUCAGGUAGAAAGCAUACG